AUGGACUUUCGUAUCCGCAUUAUAGAUGGCUCACAAAGACGCUCGAGCAUCUCUGAAUCUAUUGACUACAAAAGUAUCGGCGGUAAACAAUAUCAAAUAGUUUGUUUUGGUAUUAAUGAAAAUGAUAUCAGAAUGCCGGUUGAUGUUGAUCCUUUACAAUCAAUAACUGAUUCAAUACAAUUCUUUGAUAUUGCUAACAAGUGUAUAGAGCACCUUGAACAAACAAAAUCUAUGGAUAUAUUCAUAAUCGUGUCUGAGCAACAAAUCGAUGAUUUUAUUUCACGAAUUCCUAUUCAAGAAAAUAUUCGACUAAUUUAUAUUAUACGUCAAAAUUAUGGAUCUGCUUCUUGCAUCAAAUAUCGCGAACAGACGAGAGAAUAUGGAAAAGUGAAACAAUGCAUUUAUACAAAUUUUGAUGAUUUAUUUAAAAGUCUCAAGAACGAUACGAUUUAUUAUUUAGUCAAUGCUGAACACUAUAACUUAGAUAUAGAAAAAAUCGAGAAAAGUGUAGAUUCUUUUAUCAAACCAUGGUUUCCAGAAUUUAUUGACAUCCUGUGCAAAAUAUCAUAUCCAGAAGAUCAACUUCAGAAGCUCGUACGUUUCUUAAGACUAUAUACAAAAUCGAACGAAGUUGAUACAUUUGAACGUGAAUAUAAGAUCAAAGGCGCUAUAUAUUAUUAUACAAAAGAAACUUUUAUAUAUCAAAUAUUAAAUGAACAACUCCGUCAACAUCUUUAUCAAGAACUUAAUGCAGCACACAAGGAAUUAAUUCAGGAGUUUUCCAAUCAAACACAUUUGCCUUCAUUGUAUCGCGGUCAAAUGAUGCCUAAAAGUGUUAUUGAUGGAUUACUUAGCAAUAUAUAUAUUCAGAAUAUGCAGAUAUUUUCUUCGUCAUUCGAGAAGAAUGUGUCGUUGAUGUUUCGAAAUUUAGAAUUAACACAAAAUUCUUUUGUGCAGAACGUGUUAUUUGAAAUUAAAGUAGAUUUAAGAACAAGAACGGCUCCGUAUGCUGACAUCCAUAAGCAGAGUCACUUUCAAGAUGAACGCGAAGUUUUGUUUAUGGUUGGAAAUCGAUUUCGGGUGGAAAAUGUCAAAUUUGAUGAAAAAGAAAACUAUUACUUAGUUAACUUGGUCUUAUUGAAUGAUUUCGAACCAAUAGAUUUGCGAAUAUCGAAAGAUUAUUGCGACAGGCGAAACCUUAAAAACUGCAUAAGCACAUUGGCAUUUCAAAUGUAUCAUAUACCAGAGACAGAUUUGAUUGUGUUUUUCGAUGAAUUAAUGAAGUUGUACCCGUCGGAAAAAUGGAUCGCAGCUGUAAUGAAUUUUCGUCAAGGUCAAUAUCAGCAAUACGAAAAAAAGGAUUAUCACAGAGCGUCAGCGAAAUAUGACUGUGCAUUAAAAAUUUGGUUGUCUUUUAACAAUGAUAUUGAUUUAAAUUGUUCUAUUGAUAUCGGUCACGUUUAUCACCAGCUCGGUGUUUGUCAUCAAUCUUUAGAAAAUGCGUAUAGCACUAUUACGGAGACUUUCGAUAACGCCCAAACAUCUUAUUUGAAGGCAGAUGAGAAUUCUCGAUCAGAGCAUGAGCGAACUGAAAUUUUAAACUAUUUGGCUUAUAUCUAUACUCGCCAAAUGGAGUUAUAUUCACAAGAUAUUCAAAUGAUGAGAGAAUAUGGCUCAAAGGCAAAUGAUUAUAGAAGAAAAUUUAUUGAAAAAAUUAAUCAAAACGAAUUAUAUGAUAGGUUGAUAGUUUCUGAAAGUCAUAUGUUAAUGGCAGUGAACUACGAAAAAAUGAAGGACUAUGACGGAAUGUUAAAUAGUUAUAAAAUGGCACUCGAUAUUUAUCAACAACAAGAUAAGAAAAAGGACUUUAAGUCAGCAAUCAUUUAUCAAGAGUUAAAGCACAAUAUUCGAUUACAAUAUAAUGAACCAAAGGAAGGAGAUAGUGAGAUAACAUUACGUCACAAGAAGCAGCGAACACAAAGCAGUCAUCUUGAAUUAGCUAAACUAUAUGAAAAAGACAAUCAAGAUACUUUAGCGUUGAAGUACAAAGUGUUAGCAAAUGUUUCAGAAGAAGACGAAAUAGCAGAUGAGACAACCGCAAUUCCUAUCAUUUUAGAUAUAUAA